UGCGGCUGGGCGGGGUUCUCGGGGCGGCGGUGAGAUGGUGUCGUGGGUCAUCUCGCGCGUUGUCGUGUAAAUGGAGAAAUACAGCAAACGAUAAAAAACAGGACAUAAAUGAUUUCUGAAAGGCUUUGAUUAAAUUGUCAGCAACUCAGGAAAUAUGUGCUUCAGACUGGGGUUGAUAUUUGGAAUGCUGUAUCCUGCUUAUUAUUCAUACAAGGCUGUGAAGACAAAAAAUGUGAAGGAAUAUGUUCGAUGGAUGAUGUACUGGAUUGUCUUUGCUCUUUAUAGCGUUACUGAAACAAUAGCAGACCUAAUGGUUUCAUGGUUUCCGUUGUAUUAUGAACUGAAGAUUGCUUUUGUUGUAUGGCUGCUCUCUCCAUAUACUAGAGGGGCAAGUUUAAUCUAUAGAAAAUUUCUCCAUCCUCUUCUUUCUUCCAAAGAGCGGGAGAUUGAUGAAUACAUUGUGCAAGCCAAAGAACGAGGUUAUGAGACCAUGGUGAAUUUUGGGAGGCAAGGUUUAAAUUUGGCAGCUACUGCUGCAGUGACUGCUGCAGUAAAGAGUCAAGGUGCAAUAACUGAAAGGCUGAGAAGUUUCAGUAUGCAUGAUUUAACAGCUAUUCAAGGAGAUGAGCCUAUAGGACAGAGACCCUAUCAGACUUUACCAGAAACCAGAAAGAAAACCAAAAGUUCAGUCAGUGAAUCUGUGGGUUACAGGAUUCAGUUAGAGAGAAAUUCUGGAGAUGAUAAAACUGAUGAGGAAAUGGAGGGGACACAUUCAGAAGAUGAGAUGUUUGCUCAGAGGGGCCUUCGAAGAUCUCAGAGCAUGAAAUCUGUAAAAAGUAUUAAAGGCCGCAAAGAGAUACGCUAUGGCUCAUUAAAAUAUAAAGUGAAGAAGAGACCUGCGGUGUAUUUUUAAGUGUAUUCCACUAAUAUCUGAAGAUAGUUGCUGUAUUUUAGUAACUUGAUUCCAGCAUAUCAAAUAUCCAGGAUUUGUAUAUAUGAGAACGGUAAACAUGGUUACAGGACUUAGUUUUAUCAGUCUAAAUAGCUGAAUAUGCUACUCUCUCAGCUUUUGUUUAAUUGCUUAUCACUUGGACAUGACUCUUACAUUUGACUAGGUCAGAUUCUAAGUUUCCACACUUAUUACGUUUUGUAAGAAUUAAAUGAAUGACAAAGUGAAGCCUGACUUUCAAAGGUAGUGAGCUGCUACUACUUCCAUUACCAUCAGUUGAAGUUUUAGGUAUUCAGAACUUAAUGAAAAUUAAGCCCAUUCUGUCCCCUAGUUUACAAUGAAAAAGAGAUGUACUUGAAUUAAACUAUUUUUCCCAAACUAGGAUUUCUGAAAAAGCCUUUAUAUUGGCAUAGAAUGUACAGUUCAAGGAACAAUGGAUAAGGAUGCAGGAAGGAAAAAGGGAAAGCCAUUUAAACUUGGCGUGUCCUCAAAGAACCUUCCAUUAUAUUUCUGAGCUGUAACAUAAUUACAUUUUAAACAUUAUUUGGUGCAAGCCAGGUGUUCACACAGCACUUUAUCUGUACAGAUUUGCACAGUUGUUUACUAAUUUACAGCUGUACAUGUAAUAUUAGUGAUAUUUUUUUUUAAGUUAGAUGAGUGGUUAGUUUGUAGUAGGUUUUGUAUUUUGUUGUUGUUUUUAUUCCAGUAGUUAAAUCCUUGUAUUGUCAUCUGUUUCUUCUGCAUCUUUCAUAUGCUUUAAUUAAUUGUCACUGUUUAAGAACUUGGUUGGGUGCCUUUUUGCUUUUUAGGAAGUACUUUUCCUCAAGCACAUUCAGAUAUAAAGCAGCUUAUUUGUAAUAGUUUUCAAUUUCAAGUUUUGGUAGGAAAAAGAUUAUAGCAAGUACUUGGUAUUGGAGACCUGAGUUGUGAUCUGCAACUCCAGUUGACAUGAAUAGCUUCUCAGAAAUGAAUUGGAACCCUAAAUUGACUAGGUUUGUGUUGGAUUAUUUAUUUGGUGUCCUACGUGGGUUCUAAUUAGUCUUUAGAAUUUGAUUAUAUGCUUUUCCUUAAUUUCUUUAGCAGUCUUCAGUUAUUACUAAGGUGCAUGCAUAAUUUUCUAAAUCUAUUUUCCAGCUAAUUCACUACUACAACCAAGUAUCUGAUAUCGCAGCUGCUUAUACAGUAGUGACUUUGGAUUGUUGCAUGAUAUGAGGCUGAUUCUGAAGAAACUUUUUUUACACAAAUACCUCUAACCAAUAGAGACAGGAAAAUACUAUGUACAAUUGUGAAGUGGUACACGUAUCACUAUCUUUUAAAAGGCUGCUGUCUUAAGAUCAUGUCAAUAUAUCUCUCUGCUAUAUAGAUCUACUCCAAAUAUGAUAAAUCUAAGCAAAGGCUAGAAGUGCACCGAUAUAUCAGUUGCCGAUUGGAUCGGCACCAAUAAAAGGGGAAGUGACAUCA